AGCGGCCUGGCGGGACGAGUAGGCCGCGCCGCCCGCGGGCGGGAGGACGCAGUUGAUAUCAGUGGACCCACAAUCUCCUGUAUCUAUGGCAUUUGCACCUCCUAGAAACAUGGAUGGCCCCAAGCUGCAGACCAAGAUGAGCACAUGGACUCCACUGAAUUCUCAACUCAUGAAUGACAAGGUAUUCGAAGAAAGAAGAGUCCUGCUUGGAAAAUGGUUUGACAAGUGGACAGAUGGUCAGAGGCGGAGGAUCCUGGUGGACCUGUUGGAACGCUGCUCCCCGUCACAGCAGAAAUUCUGCGCCAAGCAGCUACAGAAUCGAGUCCCCACCGAGGCUCUAGAUUUUACCACAAGGCUUCCUAGAGUCCUGUCUUUAUACAUCUUUUCCUUCCUGGACCCACGGAGCCUUUGUCGAUGUGCACAGGUGAGCUGGUACUGGAAGUACCUGUCUGAACUGGAUCAGCUCUGGAUGAAGAAAUGCCUGCGUUUCGGCUGGUAUAUCAACUUCUCCCCAACCCCCUUUGAGCAAGGAAUCUGGAAGAAACAUUACAUUGAGAUGGUGAAAGAGCUGCAUGUCACGAGACCAAAGACUCCUUCAAAGGAUGAGUUUGUAGUUAUUGAUGUGCAGCCGAUAAGAAGCAACGUCCCAGAGGGAAAACUUUUUGUGCCGGGAAGGAGGACAAAGAAAGCGAAGAAAGAGCUCCCACCAUGGCGUUCAUCAGACAGGCAUCCCACAGACACCAUCCGAUUCAACUACCUCAACAACUACGAUCCCAUCGAGCAGGCCAGACAGGCGAGAAAGAAAGGAGGAGGAAAGACCCCAGACCUUAGCCGGCAGGCAGCUGAGAAAAAAAUGAGGGCAGGUCGUGGAUCUAAUAAGCUCCAGAAGGCAAAAUCACUGCUAUCGCUUCCUGCAGAUCUUGAGGCUGCUCCAAGACCACCAGUUCGUCACUGCUGGGCCACUCACCAGACAACCGGGAACCUGCCCUCCAAGGCAGCAGCAAAGACCCUGGCCCAGAGUUCCCAGUGGAAUGCUGGGAUACAACCAGCAUCUGUUCAAGCUCCAGUGCCAAAGCCACAGGAAGGAGGAAAGACAGACUUCACAAGGAUUAACACCACAUCUCCAUAUCAGGAUGCUGCCCUGUUGAAUACAGUGAAGCUAUUGUAGAGAUUGCCAAUAUCUAAAUUUAAUGCACAAAGGGAAGGAGAUGGUGCUGGCAGUAUGUUUCUGUAGGCGGAGGCAGUCAUUCUGGAUGGUGGGGAUCCAGAUGACAGUGAUCUGCUGCACCAAAAGACAACAUAUGGCCAAAGACGUCACAUCUAGCACUUGCUAGAUCCACCUGUCUGUCACGACUGUCAUCUUGGUAUUGAACACUGGCAUGGGUUUAAUUCACUAAUACUCGGUGGCAGAGCAAGAGAUCUCAGAUCAGAAGUGACAGUGGGCUCAGUCCAAAGUCCAGGGAGUCUGCCAAGGCCUGGACAGAUGCUAAGAGGAGCUGGUGUAGUUGGGUUGGAAUCAGAGCAUUAAGCAAAUUGCAAUGAAAAGCAACCGACUCUAGGGAGACAACAGCAGAGAAAUCAGCUGAUCUGUGAAUGCCUUCCAAAAAUAAGGAGGCAGACUGACACAAUCAAAAAUGAUUUUAGGCCAUUUCAGUCUGGGGUUAACUUGGGCAGUUAUUCAUGAUCAGCUCACCUCUUGUACACCCAGCAUCUCCUGAAGGUCCUCAAUAUCUGCAGCCUGCUGGGCAAGUCCUUUGGUAUCUUUCAGAAGCCCACAACAUUGGUGUCAUUUUUGGUGAAAGUCCCAUUAGUUCACAAGUGGGUUGUCAACAUGAGGAUUGCAGUCUGUGACCCUGAUGACUUUUUAUAGCACAAGAAGGGGAGUGGAUAAAGAACCUGGAGAGAACAAAGGAAAAGAGACUUCUGAUGUGAACUGUCAGGAUUUUCUAAGUGUGGGGUAGCGUGAGGGGAGCUCCCGUAGGGCAGUGACUAUCCAGUAACUACUGAUGACCCCAUCUAGAAGGGACAUAAUGGAGACCUCCAUCAUCCCUUUGGAUCUCACCAGCAGCUAGUGUUUUUAGCAGGUCCAUAGACUAAUCCCCAUGAGGAGGACCCACAGUGCAAAAGAAUGAUCUCAAAUCCUUCUGUGGGGGGUGAAAGAAAGGAUCUAAACACAGCCAAAGGAUGAUACAUAGGGGAAAGCACUGAAAUGAGCAAGGUGAGGCCCAGGAAAAACACAUGAUGACUUCUUCGUGUAGGAAGCAGUACAUAAAUGCACUCUGGCUACAAAAGCCAAGAGAGGAAAGCAGCAAGGAAGUUUACAGUCCCCCAUACUUCUACAGCAAUAUAAGGUACAUGAAGUUCAGCAAGACCAAGUGCAAGGUCCUGCACCUGGGCUGGGGCAAUCCCAAGCACAAAUACAGGCUGGGGGAGAGUGGAUUGAGAGCAGCCCUGAGGAGAAGGACUUGGGGGUAUUGGUCAGUGAGAAACUCAGCAUGACCCAGCAGUCUGUGCUUGCAGCCCAGAAACCAACUGUAUCCUGGGCUGCAUCACCAGCAGCGUGACCAGCAGGUUGAGGGCGAUUCUCAUCCACUCUGGUGAGAUUCCCUACCUCCAGUCCUGCCUCCAGCUCUGGGGCAACAACAUAAGGACAUGGAGCUGUUGGAGCGAGUCCAGAGGAGGCCACAAAGAUGCUCCGAGGGCUGGAGCACCUCUGCUAUGGAGACAGGCUGAGAGAGCUGGGCUUGUUCAGCCUGGAGAAGAGAAGGCUUCAGGGAAACCUUAGAGCAGCUUCCAGUGCCUAAAGGGGCCAACAAGAAAGCUGGAGAGGGGCUUUUGACAAGGGCCUGUAGGGACAGGACAAGGGGGAAUGGCUUUAACCUGACAGAGGGGAGAUUAAGAUGAGAUCUGAGGCAGAAGUUGUUCCCUGUGAGGGUGCUGAGGCCCUGGCACAGGGUGCCCAGAGAAGCUGUGGCUGCCCCAUCCCUGGCAGUGUUCAGGGCCAGGUUGGACGGGGCUUUGAACAACCUGCUCUAGUGGAAGGUGUCCUUGCCCAUGGCAGGGGGUUGGGACUAGAUGAGCUUUAAGGUCCCUUCCAACCCAAACUAUUCUGUGAUCUGUUUGUGAGUGAACCUAUAUCAGUGAGCAGUGGGGAGAGCUUGCCUGCAUGAGAAAACAGGACCACAGGGGAGAACAGGCAGCGAGGAAAGAAAAAGACCACCAAAAAGAAUUAAAAAAACCCAAACAACUACACAAUAAAAAACCAAACUAAAACAAAACAAACAAACCCCCCCAAACAAACAAACAACAACCCAAACAACCCCCCCAAAAGAAAACCAACAAGAACAGCAAAAAACCCACCAAAUGACAGAAAAAAAACCCUGAAGGGAGGUGUUGGCAAUGUCUGAGCAACCUGGUCUUGUGAUUUGUGGGCUGCUAAAAACCUUUCUUUGAAAACCUCCUGAUCUGGGGACUGACUGAAGACUUUUAGCAUGACAUUCAGGACUGGCGUGCGCCUGGGGACCAAGGCGUCAGCAGGGUUUGCAUGGAGGGAAGAGGGCACAUGGAAGGAGCCUCAGGCCGGCUGUUUCCACUGCAUGGGCUGGUUUAUAAAGCCAGCAGAACUGCCCUGGUUCCUGAGGUCAGCACACACAGCCUGGCAGGCAGCUUGCACGAAGCUGUGCGCGCCAUCCUGCUCUCCCCACCUUGCUGGGUGGGUCUGGCAGCAUCCUCCCCAUCCAGAGCAAGAUCCCAGGAUGGAACAGGUUGAAAAGAUCAUUUAGACCGUCUGCUCCUGUUGCUACCUCUCUUGUGCCUUCAGGGCUUUUUGGAGAGCUGAAUUCACUUCCUACAGGAUGUGCUGGGAGUGCCCUGCAAUGUCUGGACCUGUCUCCACCUGGGAUUUUACCUCCCUGGGGGUCUCCCAAGCAUCGUGUGCCAACCAACAGUUUCUCUGUGGUUUGGAGACGGGUUGUGCUCAGGAUACAGGCUGCACAAACAGUUGCAAAGCAUCUAUCCAGACAUGCAUCUUCUGCCAUCAUCUUUCUCAAGCCUGUGGCAGCAGCUGCUGUGCAGCAAGGGGCAUUUCAGAUGCAGUCAGGGGUUGUCUGUGUGUCCAGCUGUGCCUUGCUUUGGGCUGGCUGGGGUGUGAAAGCAAUUCCUUCCGCUGAAUGGUUUGGUGGUGCAUGUUCUCCACAGCAUCCACCUGGAGGAUGUCUUUGCAUGGUUUUGGGGAUGGCACAGAGCACAGGACAGGAAGGAUGCCCAUGCUAGGUACACGGUAAAGCGACUGGGCUAAGAGCAUGUCCCCAGCAGGGACAAGGGGACUGAUUUCAAACCAAUUCCUGUCCCCCCUCCUUCUCCUUAAUCCACUCCCCCAACCACAACCCUUCAUACUGAGUCACUGCCACCUCCUCUCCUCAGCCCUUCGUUACGUGAGCUGAGCUGUGCUCUCCAUUCGUUAUCAGCUUCAUCCACCUAUUACAGCAACUUUUUAUCUUACAUUUAGCUACUAUCAUUAACUGCUUUCCCUUUGCCUCAAGGUCUCCACACUCUUUGGUAACCAUCCUUUCACUUAUUACAACCCCAACACCACUGAGACUUCAUUCCCUGAAUGCACUUACUUCCCUGGCAACAGCCCACGUUCACUCCUUUUCCAUCUCGCCACACAAGUUGGAAGAUUCCAAAAAUCCUCAGGUUUAAUCCAGCCAUGCUCCCACCUGCAACUCUCAUCAACUUCAGUUACACAUCGUCCUUUUCCCCAAGCUUCUGUUUCUUUAGCUCAGAAAAGCAGUAAUUAGGAAAACUUAAUUUUGGCUACAAAGCCAAACUAGAGCACCAAACUCUGCCAUUGCUCCCGGCAAGGAACACCAGAUAAAUGCAGGUGGAGUUCUGGGCAGAAGCGGAUAGGAAAGCUUGGGUAAGAGGGCAGCUGGCAUGUGUGGGUUUGUUCCCCACAUCUGAGCAGGGCUGUAGCCUAGGGCUCACAUUCUGAUCUUGCUUGUACUGGUGGAAUUCAGAUGCAGCAAUGCUGAUUCAUUGGCCUCUGGGGUUUAAAAGGUACUUUCAGUUCUUUAAUCAAAGGCUGAGGCUAAUGAGAGUUGGGCAGAUUCUGGAAAUGCCAAGCAGUGCAGGGAAGCACAUCUAUGAGGAAGGGCACAGGCACAACAGCCUUCCUCUGUACUUGUUUAGGGAUUUCUUAUCAGUGACUCUGGAAGUGCACUGUAAAAAGUGGGUAAAAAACGCUCUGCCCCUGCACAUCAGCAGCCGGGGCACAGGCGGUGGGAGCGCUUGCCUGACGCCAGCCAGCAGCACAGUGGCAGAGGAAAGUGACGGAGACUGUCCCUCUGUAGUUUUUUGUCUCCAUUUCAGAUUCUGACCCAUUUUGUGACCUCAGGAAUGAUUAUGAAGCAUGUUGGAAGUACAUUUUUAUUCUAAUAACAUAAUUGGUAGGAGUUACAUCAAGACGUUAUGUAGGUGUGCUGUUACGUCAACGAUAGAGACUACUUGGCUUGGUACAUUCCUGGACAUUACUGUUACUUACUUUACAGCAUCAUAAAUACAAAUCCCUGGGAACUUUAUGUUUCCAGUGAAUAUGCUCAUUGCUGAAAAAAUAAAAACCUUUGCUGCAGGAUCCCAUAAUUUCCUUCUGUAGCCAUUUGCUGUUUGUAACACAGACCUAGUGCUGAACUGCUGCCACAAGAAGCUACACACUACCUAAUGGAUACAAAAAAAAAAAGGCAGAAACAACAGUUCGGACUUAAGAAGCCACAGAAACACCUGUGAAGCAAUCAGUUUAACUUGGUUCCCUGGGGGAAAAAGCUUGGGAGAUUUACUGUGAGGGUGGCGAGGCCCUGGCACAGGGUGCCCAGAGAAGCUGUGGCUGCCCCAUCCCUGGCAGUGUUCAAGCCCAGGUUGGACGGGGCUUGGAGCAACCUGCUCUAGUGGAAGGUGUCCCUGCCCCUAGCAGGGGGUUGGAGCUGGAUGAGCUUUAAGGUCCCUUCCAACCCAAACCAUUCUGUGAUUCUGCGAUGAUUUGCAAUACCAGAGAAUGAUGCUGAUGAAUGUUUUGGAUGGGAUUUGCCCCACCUCCCUUUAAAUGCUGAAAAGUUAGCUUUCUUAAUCACAGUUAGUCAGUCUGGUCUCUUGCAUAAACAACAGAUCCUAAGAUAUGUGAGACAAUUGCCAUCUGCAUGUUCCUAUUUCAGCUGAUUGCUUGAGAGGUGACCAGCUCAGACUUCAAUAACUCUUAGGCCAUCGUGUUGGUUGAGAUGAACUCCCCCUUCCAAGCAUCCAGGGCAACUAGAAAAAUGAAAGAACAAAGCCUGGGAGAGGGAGACACACUGAUUUACCUCAUCACUGCUUUGGAGCUGGAGUUCACACGGCACUUGACCAAGCACCCCAGUGGGCAGAGUCUCCUGCUGGAUGCUCUCCCUUCGCGUCAGAUCCGUGGUGCAUCAUGUCCCGUGUCUGGUCUUGGCAAUGGUCAAUGUCUCUCACGCCAAAAAACCUUGAAACUCUCAAGUGACACAGCGCAGAAUAAUCUGCUCACAGAGCAGAGUCUUCUCCUAAUCCCUGUCCAUCAGCAGUUGGCAUUUUCUCUGAAUCAUGAUUUCUAGUCUUUAAAUGUUGAGAAUUCAUGCGUGUACUGUGACUCUUCCUAAGAUGUGGGAAGGUUCAGUUUUCUCCCAGCUCUCUCACUCUGGGAUAUGAUAAGGCAAUGAGUUACAGCUGCUGUGCAUUCAGUACCCUUACCCUUAAAAACUGCUAUUCAUUACAUUGACUGGGUAUUUCCCUAAUUGCAGAAAAGACAAAUAAGGACACAUAAUUUACAUUCUCUUAAAUAAUAACUAGUGCCAGCUCUCCAACAGAGCCAUGUGCAGUGCUGUAAUCCACUGUGGGAUUUGAUUUCCUUCUCACUAACAUGACUGAAAAGCUGGAGUUGCCUUGUUUAACAUGGGAAAGAAAUUCUGUCUUCAGUACAGAAGGUUUUUCUUGAAGCAUUUUCCCUGAGCCUCCUUUCUGCCACAUAUUAAAGGCUUUCC